GGCAGUGCAGCCGCGUCUCCCCUCCCCAGCUGGGGACUCUGCAGAUCCUUCAGGGCAACGGCACGGCCCUGGGGACAGUGAUCACCUUCCAGUGCCCUGCUGAGCACCAGCUGGAGGGGCCGGGCGUCAUCUCCUGCGUCUGGGAAGGGAACAGCACCCGCUGGACAGCUGCAGUGCCCUCUUGCAAGCCCAUAUCAAAAUAUGAGACGUUUGGAUUUAAGGUUGCAGUGACUGCCUCCAUCGUGAGCUGUGCUAUCAUUCUGCUGAUGUCCAUGGCUUUUUUAACUUGUUGUCUCAUCAAGUGUGUGAAGAAAAGCGAGAGGAGGAGGACUCAAAGAGAUAUGCAGCUGUGGUACCAGCUCAGGACUGAAGAACUAGAGCACAUGCAAGCUGCUUACUUUGGUUUUAAGGGAAGAAACAAUAACAACAACACCAAGAAACUCAGGAAUAAAUCCGUAUUUGCUGAUGUGACUAACAUGGCAUAUGAUAACCAAGGCUUCUGCAGGUUCCAGGAGGAGUGGUCUCGGAACACCAGAGCUCCUGGGUGUUGCAAAGCUGAGGAUCACCCACCUGGGUUAGCCAGGAGCAGUCAAGCACCCGCCAAGCAGGCGGUGCCAGGACGCAGCCCCGUGGCCCCCGCAGCCACUGCCAUCCACGUUAUUGAAGUCUGGGGACAUAAGGAGAGUUACAACAGGCCAAGCUGCCAGGUACCUGGGUAG